CUAUCCCGACUCUGGUAAAAUUACUUAUUCGCGACGGAUUCCCAUAUGCUUGUCAUGCGGCAUACGUGUCCGAGUAGGAUACGUGUCAGUCACCGACUAGUCCGCCAACCCAAACCCUCCACAAAAAGAGAAGACGAACGCCUUCACAAACCCCUCCACCAUCCCCACAACCACACGGCGUUACCCGGCGGCGCCGGCGCCAUGGGGAAGAACGAGCUGAAGGCGACGGCGAACCGGGCGAAGGCCAAGGGGCUGCAGAAGCUGCGGUGGUACUGCCAGAUGUGCGAGAAGCAGUGCCGCAACGAGAACGGCUUCAAGUGCCACUGCUCGUCGGAGUCGCACCGGCGGCAGAUGGCCGUCUUCGGCCAGGCCCCCGGCCGCGCCGUCGACCGCUUCUCCGGCGAGUUCCUCGCGGCGUUCCUCGCCCUGCUCCGCCACGGCCACCGCGGCUCCCGCGUCGCCGCCGCCGCCGUCUACAACCAGCUCGUCGCCGACCGCCGCCACGUGCACAUGAACUCCACGCGCUGGGCCACGCUCACCGAGUUCGUCGAGUUCCUCGGCCGCCAGGGCCUCGCCAGGGUCGAGCUCACGCCCAAGGGCUGGUUCAUCGAAUACAUCGACAGGGACUCCGAGCAGGCCGCCAUGGCCGGGCUCAAGCGCAAGAGGGCCGAGUCCGUUUCGGAGGAGCUCGUGAUUGCCCGGCAGAUUGCGCGUGCCCGGAAGACAUCCAUGGCCGAGGCUAAUGGCGAUGACAAUGGCGACUCAGGGAAGAGUGGGGAUGAUCAUUCGGAAUCAGGCGAGGCUGGUCAAGAAGAACAGCAGGAGAAUGCCAAGGAGUUCAACAAGGCGACUGGGAAGAUCGCGAUCGCACUCCACCGCGCCGCUCCUCCGGCGACACCCGACGUUAACCCUUUUGACGACAAGCCGAAGAUGAGAUCGGGCUCUGAGGAAGAAGAGAUGACCAACAACAAGGGGAAAGACGUCGGGAAAGCAAGGGACACGAGGAGACCGGCCAUUGAUGAUCUGAUGGAGGAGGAGGAGAAGGCCAAGGACCGGAGCAACCGGAAGGGCCACUGGCUGUGCCCUGGCAUCGUGGUCAAGGUGAUGAGCAGAUCACUGGCCCAAAAGGGGCACCACUACUACAAGCAGAAGGGGCUGGUGAAGAGGGUGAUAAACCGGUAUUUCGGCGAGAUCGAGAUGCUGGAGAGCAAGCAUGUCGUCAGGGUCGACCAAGAUGAGCUCGAGACCGUCAUCCCGCAGAUCGGCGGGCUGGUACGGAUCGUCAAUGGCGCUUACCGAGGGUCGACCGCGAGCCUGCUCUCGGUGGACAUGGAGAGGUUCUCUGCCAGACUGCGGGUUGAGAAGGGCCUCUAUGACGGCACAGUUCUCGACGCCGUCGAGUAUGAGGACAUCUGCAAGCUUGCUCAAGAAAAAUGCAUGUAAGCUAGAAAAAAGACAAUGUAUGUAGUACUGCAUACUUGUUUCAGACAAUGUAGUUUGUAAAGGGUACAAUUGCAAUACAAGCAAGCAAAUUUCUGGUGGUAAAA